GGCGCGGCUGCGCGAAGUGCGCCGUCGCCAUGGUAACCGCGGAAGCCCGGGCCCGGGUGAGGUAUUUAUAGGAGUUAAUGGAGCCAGAAGAAACUCUAGAAUCAGAGAGUUCAGAAAAGUCACUAUUUUCCUCACAGCAAGAAUAUGAAGAAUCCCAAGAAGCAGAAGAAGCGGGCGCUGAGAACCCCCUUGUGCAGCCUGCUCUCACGGGGGAUGUAGAAGGUUUGCAGAAGAUUUUUGAGGAUCCUGAGCAUCCUCACCAUGAGCACGCUGUGCAGCUGCUUUUGGAAGAAGACAUUGUUGGGAGAAAUCUGUUGUAUGCAGCUUGCAUGGCCGGCAAAGGUGACGUAAUUAAAGCCUUGGCAAAGUACGGGGUGAAUCUGAAUGAGAAGACCGCCAGAGGGUACACACUCUUACACUGUGCUGCAGCUUGGGGCCGUCUGGAGACUUUGAAGGCUCUGGUGGAGCUGGACGUCGAUAUAGAGGCUGUGAACUUCCGGGGAGAGAAAGCUCGGGAUGUGGCUGCUCGCUAUUCUCAGAUUGACUGUGUUCAUUUUCUGGACUGGGCAGAUGCAAGGCUGAUUCUGAAAAAAAUUAUUACAAAGUCCUCUCUCAUCAUUACUGACCCAGAAAAGGGACCAGGGAAACUCCUCAAGGAAGACAAGAAUACCAUCCUCAAUGCGUGCCGUAUGAAAAACGAGUGGUUGGAAAGCCAUCCAGAAGCUUCCAUCAGUGAGCUUUUUGAGCAAAAACAACAAUUGGAAGAUAUAGUGUCCCCUAUCCUAGCAAAAAUGUCUACACCUCGUCAAGUGAAAAGUGCCAGAUCGAUAACCUAGGCUGUGGUCAGCAGAGAAGCCAAGGGUGUACCUUCUACAGAUGCUGCAUGGUGUAGGAGGCUACAUUACGUUCCAGUGUUAAAUAAGACAAACCCGUUCCUGACAAAUUCAAGAAAUAGAUCCAGGGUUUUACAGAAAUGUCUGGGUCAAACUCAGUCACCUGGCUUCGGGUUAGACUCUUCAGCAUACUCACACCUGGCUCAGGGGCUGGUCCUCUGCUCCUCCAAGCUCGGUUCCUCUUGAGUCCUCCAAGCACAUCUCUUAGCGAGUUCCUGUGUUCCUUCAGGAGAGCUGGGCGAGGCUUUAAACACCACACAGAGAAGCUAAUAGUUUUCUUUGUAACUGAGGCAAGAAAUGUCCACUUGACUAGGGAAUUCCAUUUUUAAAAGAUGCAUUAAUCUAUUUGUAAAAGAAAAGCACGUAUUCCCUCUCUUUCAAAAAGCAAAUUCUAAGAAUUGUAGCCCUGCCCCCCAGAGGUGAUGCCUCUGGUUUUAACUGUCUGGAAUAAAUUUUCACCUGGAAAGUGGGAUAUAGCUUCUGAGGAAAGCCCACAAAUCUGUGGUUUCCCCUCUCAGGGUUUGGUAAGACACUGUAACUACCACCAUGCCGAUUCCCACUGGUCUCUUUUACAUUGUCUAUGUUUUAAAGGUCACGGCUACAGAAAUGGUCUUCAGAAAGUACUUAUGCUAGUCAAAUCAAGCAGGAAGGAUCCUGAACUUCCUAUUACUUUGUGACUUUCUGAGGAAGUUUUUAUAAAAAAAUAAAAUAUAUAUAUUUUAAAAAGGAGAGAAUCAUUUUAUCACUUUCUCCUCUUUGUCUUGCUAUGCAAACUCUCUUUCACGUUAGAGGAGAAAGAAAACAAGGGAGUGGUUCAGUCAUAUGUCAGAUGUUCUCUUGGUCAUGCCAUUUGAGGUCAUCUUGUUUUAAAUGUUUCCCCAAGUUUCUACUUUUGAGAUCUUUUCUCCCUAUGAGCAAGUGCUAUUUGGUUUCCUUCUGAAGAAACAUGAACGCUAGCUGGUCUCUGUAGGUCUGUGCUUGAUCCCUUAGGACAAUCUUUCAAGAUACGUGGUGCACAUCAGCACUGAGAUCAUUAGGAAGAGUGUAGGUGCUGUUGGGGGUGUGUGUUGUUAUUUUUAUUCUAAGCCAUGUUUUCUGAGCCUUGAUCAUGAAUACAACAGUGGUUUCUAAGUCUCUACUCCUGGUAAGUAGGAAGGGAAUCUGAAAACUCACUUUUAUUCCCAGGUAAGACAAGCAUUUUUAACAAUCUACUAGAACAACUUUCCCUCCCUCUUUGUCUCAAAAUCUUUGUCCUCAGAAAUUUUAUAGCCUUUGAUACACUUGCUAACACAGUAUUUGUACAGUUCCUUGAAUUGGCACCUUUAUACCAACUUUCUUAUAAUCGCCUUUUCUAACUCCUUGCCAGCUUCUCCUCCUCUUGGCCCUCGUCAGAUCCUCCCAGGAUUCAAUUCAGACUCUUGGUGGGAGAAUGGUGGUUCUUCACCCCUGACCAUCCCCAUCUCCAGUAUUAUAAAGAUGUAACCUUUCCUUCUUUGGGCAUUUACAGUACCAGAAGCCUCAGUCUGUGUCCUGUGUAACAAAGUCUCCCUCACUCUGUGUCCUGUGUAAUGAAGUCUCAGUUUGUGUCCUGUGUAAUGAAGUCUCAGUUUGUGUCCUGUGUAAUGAAGUCUCAGUUUGUGUCCUGUGUAAUGAAGUCUCAGUUUGUGUCCUGUGUAGUGAUGUCUCAGUCUGUGUCCUGUGUAGUGAUGUCUCAGUCUGUGUCCUGUGUAAUGAAGUCUCAGUCUGUGUCCUGUGUAGUGAAGUCUCAGUCUGUGUCCUGUGUAAUCACUCACAUGCUUCUUUCUCCAUGUGAAUGAAUAUGGAUCUUUAUGAAAGGAAGGCCUUUUUGGGGGGGGGGGGCUUCCUCAUACCUAAAGAUCUUGUAAAAUAGUAAGUCAGUAAAUAAAAGUUGAAUUGAUCUACUUAGUACUACCUUACUGUCAGGUCAGUACCUAGCAUUGUUUAGUACUACCAUGUACUCCUAGAACUCAUCCCCUCUUCACUUACUGAGCUUGAUUACCAUUGUAGACAUGCUACCAACCUAAGCUUAUGCCUUGCUAUGUCAGGGUGUCGUUGCAAUACCCACUCCUCCAACAGGCAAGCCCUACGCACAGCAAACAUGUGGCUCUGUCUGCCCUUGCCCAACUGUAUAGUCCUUAAACUUUGAUCUUGAAUGUCAUGGCCUAGUGGUUCCCAUGGGAUCCUUGGAUCUUAGAGACUCCUUUGAUGUGGGAUCUGAACACUUAUAUCUAUGUAUGCAUAACUUCUGUUUUGCCAGAGAUGAUAUCAAUUAUUACCUAUUGUUGCAUUGACUUAUGGGUAGAUCAAUAGGAGAUUUAGAUGCCCUUAUGCUGUGAGUUUGAUGUGAUUUCAUUAGCUGCAUGCUGUUUUCUGACCUUGUGUAGACUAGUUACUUUGUUAAAAGCACACUCUUAACAGUUCAGGAAUGCCUCCAAAGAAUUUGAAAGGGAGGCAAUUUAAUGUUAUGAUCAGUUCUAGGUGGCAGUCCUUUAGGUUUUGUUUCAUUGGUCAUAAAAAUGUAAUUAUUAAGGUAUGUGACAUUAUUAAAAUAACAACUUCUGCCUGUUAUCACUGUCAUGUAACAAAAGACAUUUUAACUCCAAAAAGUAGGGCUAUGUGAAGACAGUGUGAACUGAAUAAAUUAAGCUUCAUUUCAGAACCUUGUUAGAUGUACUCUUCUCAUUUCGCCUCAUAUGAUAGAACCUUUAUCAUACACCAGAACUGGCCUACGUGUCUAACUUUUCACAA